GAGAAAUACAAAACAAUGGCAGGAGAAAGCACCCCCCUGGGUUCCAUUAUUGAUCCAUGUGAAUACCUUCACAUCACCAUCAAUCCCGACGGCACAUUAACCCGUAGCCCCGACGCCUUACUAACAGCUCCGCCCAACACCUCCACAGCCACCGCCAUCUCCAGGGACAUCCCUAUCAACCCAUCAAACAACACUUGGGCUCGAAUCUUCCUACCCAAACAACCCACAUCACCCACCAAGCUACCCAUUUUACUCUAUUUCCACGGCGGAGGCUUUAUUAUCGGAAGUCCAGAUUUGGCCAUCUUCCAUGAAUUCUGCUCCAACAUUGCCGGUCAACUCCCUGUUCUCCUCGUAUCAGCCGGCUACCGUCUCGCCCCGGAGCAUCGGCUGCCGGCAGCUUACGACGAUGGCAUGGAAGCAUUGCAUUGGGUCAAAACGGUCCAGGAUGAUUGGCUGAGAGAUCAUGGUGAUUACUCCAAUUGUUUCAUUAUGGGCUCUAGCGCUGGAGGAAACAUGGCAUACCAUGUAGGAUUACGCGCGGCACGGGAAACUGACGAUCUUUCACCCUUGAAGAUCAAAGGCUUGAUAUUGCACCAACCCUUUUUUGGUGGGGUCGGAAGGACUGAAUCGGAGUUGAGACUAGUGAAUGAUCCAUUUCUCCCUCUCUGUGUCAGCGAUUUGAUGUGGGAAUUGUGUUUGCCGGUGGGUGCCGACCGUGAUCAUAGUUAUUGCAAUCCGACGGUGGGGGAAGACAGCUUUGGCGGUUUGGAGGAGAUGGAAGGGCUAGGAUGGAGGGUGUUGGUUACUGGAAGCGACGGGGAUCAUAUGAUAGAGCGACAAAAGGAGUUGGUGAAGAUGAUGGAGAAGAAGGGAAUAAAAGUGGUAGGUCGUUUUGGUGUGGGAGAUUUUCAUGGCUUUGAAUUUUUUGAUUCCUCCAAAGCUAACUUAUUGUACCUUGCUUUGCAAAACUUCAUCUUCUCUCAUUCCCUUUCUGUAUAAGCUAAACUUAUUUUUGUGGGAGGUUUGUAUCAAAUAUUUACCUUUUAAUAAAUAAAUUUCGUUUCCGUUUA